UCGGUGGAAGUGUGUGGAUUUGAUGUAAUGUUUCUGUCGCGAAAACAUCUUUUAUUCCUUCACCAUACUGACAAAACUAUCGCUACUAAAACAAACAGACACAAGUUUCUGCUGGAGAAUGAGAGAUUAUGUUCAGUGGACUAAAGGAGGAGCCCAUUCAUGAACUCUCUCUCAGACUGCGGAGAAAAGGAGACAUAAACCUAGUCAGAGUUUAGUGUGAAGGGAAGAUUAAUAAUAAUAAAAACACGAUGGCUGGAUGCUGCAUGUCUGCGGAGGAGAAGGAGAGGCAGAGGAUCAACCAGGAGAUCGACAAACAGCUGAGGAAAGACAAGAAAGACUCGCGGAGAGAACUCAAACUGCUGCUGCUCGGCACAGGCGAGAGCGGCAAGAGUACGUUCAUUAAACAGAUGCGGAUCAUUCAUGGCUCCGGUUAUACUGAUGAUGACAAGAAGGGCUUCAUUAAACUCGUCCAUCAGAACACCAUGAGCGCCAUGCAGUCUAUGGUCAGAGCUAUGGACAUGCUCAAGAUCGCCUAUGCUAACUCUGAAAACCAGGCUCACUCCGCACUGGUCAACGAUAUUGAAGUGGAUAAAAUCAUGAGUUUGGAUGAGACUCAAGUGAAGGCUCUCAGCAGUCUGUGGAGCGACAGCGGGAUUCAGGAAUGCUACGACCGCCGCCGAGAGUACCAGCUAACCGACUCUGCCAAAUAUUACCUGAGUGACCUGGACCGGAUCGCCGACGCGGCAUACGUUCCCACUGAGCAGGACAUCCUGAGGGUCCGGGUUCCCACCACAGGAAUCAUCGAGUACCCCUUCGACCUGGAUAACGUCAUCUUCAGGAUGGUGGACGUCGGGGGUCAGAGGUCAGAGCGCAGGAAGUGGAUCCACUGCUUCGAGAACGUGACCUCCAUCAUCUUCCUGGUGGCUCUGAGUGAAUACGACCAGGUCCUCGCCGAGUGUGACAAUGAGAAUCGCAUGGAGGAGAGUAAAGCUUUGUUCAAAACCAUCAUCACAUAUCCCUGGUUCCAGCAGUCGUCCGUCAUCCUCUUUCUGAAUAAGACUGACAUCCUCAAGGAGAAGAUUGUUUACUCUCACGUGGCCACGUACUUCCCAGAAUUUACAGGUCCCAAAAACGAUCCAAAGGCUGCGCAGGAGUUUAUUCUGAAGAUGUACCAGGAAGAGAAUGAAGACAAGGACAAAACCAUCUAUUCUCACUUCACCUGCGCCACAGACACCGAGAACAUCCGGCUGAUCUUCGCCGCAGUUAAAGACACAAUCCUGAGGCACAACCUGAAAGAGUUCAACCUGGUUUGAAAAUCUGCAACCGCCUCCUGGGUAGAUCUAGAGCUUACAAUAACCCAGCAAUCUUCUGUUGCUGAGCUCGUUUACGGACGUUUCUCAUGGAUUAGAUGCGGACGGGUCAUAGCAGAGUCAGCUAUUUUUCAGUCCUCUGUAGGUCUAGUAGAUGGACAGAUGAGGAUAUUUCGCUCUUGAUGUAAGUAGAGUUUACUGAGAUUUAACCUUUCGUGUAUGUAAAAUAGAUCAAAGCUGAUUGGUGGAGCAGCAUUUAAAGGCAAAUUAGAGGGAGAAGUUUACAUGCGAAUGCACAAAUCUGUCUGAAAAAAUGUUGCACUGUGUAUAGUUGAAGUCAGAAUUUCUUUUUUAAAUAUUUCCCAAAUGAUG